AUGAAGCGGGGCUAUGAUUUGGAACAGGAGAAUGACUAUGGGAAAAACGCUUUGCAUGUUGCAGUAGAAGCUGGGAAAUGCUCCAUGGUUCGCUUCCUAUUGGACCAUGUGGAUUGUAUUGAUAGCCGUGGGGAAUUUGGUCACUCUGUCCUUCAUUAUGCAACCAAGCACAACCGCGUUGCCAUUCUCAGGCUUUUGCUAGCUCAAGGUGCUGACAUCAAUUGGACUACCAAAGACGGCGAAACCGUAGUCCAUUCGGCUGCGAUGUGGAAUAAAGCCGAAGCUCUAUGUCUGCUCGUGGAUCAUGGGGCUAAGGUUGAGCUGAGAGAUUUCAAAGGGCAGACUGCUCUGCAUCUGGCUGCUCGAAAUUUGAACCAAGAAAUUGCGGCAUUUCUGCUCGACAAAGGCGCUAGUAUUGAGUCCAGAGACUAUCAGGGACGAACGCCUCUGCACUUUUCAUCUUUGCGCGGUGUGUUAGAUUCUUGCGAUGAUUUCUUAGAUGUGGUUCGGCUUUUGGUAGAACGAGGGGCCAACAUCAAUGCUCGAACUACAGAUGGAGAGACUCUACUAGUGAGGCUGGAAGAAGCUCAGGGUUUUUCCAGAUUUAAACAAAGGAUCGAAGCAGAACUUCUCGUCCUGGGAUUCAGCGAUGUCGAAGAAGCAGAGGGUGGUAUCAAUGAACGAGUGUAUGAGGAUGCCGAGGUGGAAGGUGAUAGCAGUGAAGACCUUCAAGAGAUGUACUGGGAUGCCAGACAGGCAGAAAUUGAUAUCAAUAGUGAACACGAGGCAUAG